AAAACAGUGUUUGCCAAACCUAACUUCUGAUUAAAAAAAGCACUUAAAAUCCAAAAGUUAGAAGCUGGGAGAUGGGUGCUUCUAUUUGCUUUUAUCAGCUUCUUGGUAUUUUUGUAAAUACUCCAAACUUUGUGUAUAGUUAUUAGGUUAAAUAUUUCACUUAACCCCACUCUACCCUCCCCUCCCCUCAUCCGAAGUUGCUGCAAGACCUUGCUGCCUCAGGCUCUGUUCCCCACCGUCAUGCCCCAUCCUCACGGAGCAAAUUAUACGAGUAAUAUAUACCGUAGCAAAUUGUCCGACCUGCGCACCUCUCCGAUCUCCAUGUUGUGCAUCUUCUAUUCCAUGAACCCAAACCAGCUUUCCGAUUUCCAACAAAUUGUCCGACCUGCGCACUUCCAAAUCCAGUUUUUUUUGUUUAAUUUCGAGAGCAAUUUUCUUGUCGUAGAGUGGAAGAUGCUCUGAUGGAUUGGACGAGAAAGAGAAGGGACAAGCAACUUUCCUUCUUCCAUUAAUUUUUUAUUUGAAUUCUUAAUGAUUUGUAAAGGGUGUUUUUGUAUUUUGACUAUAUAUUACACCAAUAAUCACUUUUUUUAUCAAACACUUCAACUUUUUACCUUUAAAUUAAAAUCACUUCUAUUUACAAACACUACCAACUUUUACUUUUAAUCACUUUCUCCAAAAUCACUUUAAAAAAUCACUUUUUUAAAGUUGAAGCAAACACAAACACUCUCUUAUUUUACCAAACACUACCAACUUUUACUUUUCAAAAUCAUUUUUUUCUCAAACACUAUCAACUUUAUUUAAUCACUUCUCCCCAUUUCAUUAAAAAAAUCAUUUUUUAAAAGCAGAAGCUGUUGCAAACAGACCAUAAGGCUAAUUGGAGUGGUGAGGUAUUAUGAGUCCAAAAUGUUAAAAAUGACAUUUUUGGAAUCCUAAAUUCAUGCACUAGUGGCUUGAAGAGAGUAGAAAAAAUGGGUAUGGGGAGGGAUGAGGUUAAAUUUGGAGGAAUUUGGACGGUCAAAAAAUAAAUGUAAAAGAAAUUGAAAAGGAGGAAGUGGGCGGAUGCGGAUGGGAGGUGUGCGCGGACGGAAAAGCACAGGUGUGGCCCGCGACAGAGAUGUCGCGCAGGGAUUAAAGUGAGCUGACCGACGUCAUAGUAUUGUCGUGAUGAUGUCACUAAGUGCCCACAACGGCAAUAAUUUAAAAACAAGAUUGGUAGAUCCAUCGGUUGUGAUGAUUUUGACACUGUUUGAACGGUGAAAAAAAUUGAUCCAACGGUUGAAAUAAUUUAUGUUAUUUUUCAAUUAUUUUUAAUUACUAUUUUGCUCAAAAAUCCUAUAUAAACACCCCAUUCCUUCCUAUUUUAAUCAUACAUCUCCCAUCUCUCUCAUUCUUCAUCAUAUUUUGUUCAUUAUCUAUAUACUGUAUGUGUUAUGUCUUCCUCAAGAAGGGGUGUUAAUUGGAGUGUUGGUGAGGAUGUUGUUCUAUGCAACGCUUGGGUUACCAUAUCUGAACAAAGCCGUGGAGUCGGAGAUUAUGAAAAAACCAGCAUGACUUACAGGAUGCGGACCUUUCAAAGUUUUCACCGAGGAAGCAAAGUUGGAUUAGGCAAAAACAAGAUGAAAUCAUGGGGUAUUUUCAAAAUACUUCAAAUGAUGUUCCUGACACUUCCGCAGAAGAAGAAGUGUAUCGUCCCCACUUCAAUUUCUAGUUAUAUAUGUAUUGUUGUUUUUAUUUUGUAUUGUGUUGUAAGUUGAAUUUCAGGUAUGUUUCAAUUUUAAAUUCCAUGUUUAGUUAUUUUAAU